AAAAGUUAUUUAUAUUGAAUGAAAAAUUACAGGUAUUUAGAAACAAUGAUGCACCUAUUCAAAGGUAAUGUCGGUUCGGGAAUCUUUGCGUUAGGGGAUGCAUUCAAGCAUGCUGGAUUACUGCUAGCUCCUCCACUUACCAUGUUUCUCGGGGUUAUUUGUGUUCAUGCUCAACAUAUUCUUAUUAAAUGCAACGAAGAAGUGACGCGUCGUAUUAAUGAUCCAAAUGCUACGACUGGAUUUGCUGGUACAGUAGAAUUGUGCUUCGCUACUGGUCCUCUUUCACUCCGAAAAUACUCUGUGUUUAUGAGAAAAUUGGUUAAUAUAUUUUUAUGUAUCACACAACUUGGAUUUUGCUGUGUAUAUUUUGUUUUCAUUGCGAAGAAUAUGAAACUGGUGAUGGACGUGUACGGAAUUGAGAUGGAUGUUCACCAACACAUGGCUGUCAUCUUGAUUCCUAUAAUGCUGAGCACGUGGAUCAGAAAUCUAAAAUACCUAGUGCCUGUCUCUUCGAUGGCGAAUUUUCUGGUUAUAGCUGGCUAUGUCGCCACUAUGUACAUAAUGUGCAACGAUCUACCAUCGAUUCAUGAGAGGCGAUAUAUCGCUGAUUGGCAUGAUUUGCCUUUGUUUUUUGGCACUGUGAUAUAUUCUUUCGAGGGUAUCACUUUGGUUUUACCUCUGAAAAAUGAAAUGAAGAAACCGAGCAAUUUCAGUAAACCAUUCGGAGUUUUAAAUGUUGGAAUGGUGAUUGUUGGUGGAAUGUUCGUCGCGAUGGGUUUUAUAUCUUAUUUAAAAUAUGGUGAUGCAGUAGCUGGAUCCGUAACGUUAAAUCUUGAAUCUAAGGAAGUGAUGGAUGGAAAAAUCAUCAUCAAGCAUUCAAGUUUACCUCAGUGUAUACAAGUUGCCAUUUCAUUGAGUAUCUUACUCACAUAUGCAUUGCAAUUCUACGUUCCCAUUGCGAUUAUAUGGCCGAAAAUUGUGAAUCGUUUUGGUCCUUUUAACUGGCCUGUUCUGUCAGAAACUAUUUUUCGUUCUACAAUGUGUUUAUUAACAUGUAAGUUUAAUAUUUAAAUUUUAUAUCUAUCAA